GUGGACAUCAGCGCCGUGGUGGCCUACACCAUGGCGGCCAAGGAGGAGGGGGAGCUGCAGCUGAUGCGCAAAGCGGCCGCCAUCACCUCCGAGGUCUUCAGCAAGUUCUUCAAGGAGAGGGUCAUGGAGAUCGUGGACGCCGACGAGAAGGUGCGUCACAGCAAGUUGGCCGAGUCGGUGGAGAAGGCCAUCGAGGAGAAGAAGUUCUUGGCCGGGGCGGACCCGUCGGCGGUGGAGAUGUGUUACCCCCCCAUCAUCCAGAGCGGGGGCAACUACAACCUCAAGUUCAGCGUGGUCAGCGACAAGAACCACAUGCACUUCGGGGCCAUCACCUGCGCCAUGGGCAUCAGGUACAAGUCCUACUGCUCCAACCUGGUGAGGACCUUGAUGGUGGACCCGCCGCAGGAGAUGCAGGACCAUUACGCCUUCCUCCUGCAGCUCCAGGACGAGAUGCUCAAGGAGAUGAGACACGGGGCCAAGUUGUGCGACGUCUACGGCGCCGUCAUGGACGUGGUGAAGAAGCAGAAGCCGGAGCUGCUGAGCAAGAUCACCAAGAACCUGGGCUUCGCGAUGGGCAUCGAGUUCAGGGAGGGCUCCUUGGUCAUCAACAGCAAGAACCAGCAGCGCCUCAAGAAGG